CUUGCCAUUAAUUUUCGUCCAACAUUUGCAAUGGAAACGAAACUGUCGAAAGAGACCUCACUAGAUAGCCAGCAGUCCUUUCUAAAAUCAUUGGAGGACAAGGGCAGACAGCUACUGCAGUGGCUGCAAAAGAUGGAAAAGACUCUGAUCACAGCAUCAGAACCGAAGGACACUCUGGACAGCAAACGCAAAGCUCUACACAACGUCAAGAGCAUCCAUGAGACAGUGCUGUCAGAGCAGACGGCGAUAGCAGAAGACUACGUGGAACAAGUGAUGCAGGCUGGCAGUGAACAGUUGUCUGAUCUAGCCAGCACACUGAUGGACAAAUAUACCGCAGUAGUGCAGAAGUGCCAGAAUCACGAGCAAUGCUGCAUGGAUAUAGUGGAGGAUCACGUGCAGUAUACCACCUGCAGACACAACUGUGAGCUGUGGAUGUCAGACAUGCAUGACCACAUAGUCGCCUGUGAGCAUCCAGCACCAGGCCUGAAUGGGGUGCAGGAAUCACUGGACAAACUAAAGGAGCUGUGCGCAUCUGUGGAGAGUGGAGGUGCCACUCUACAGGAGGUCGAAAUGGCAGCAGAUAAGGUUCUGCCCAACACGGCAUCACACAAGCAGGAGGCCGUCAAGUCAGAGAUGUCACGUCUAAAAGACAAGUACACGGAGCUGAGCAACACUGCUACUGAGGUUACACAGACGCUAGAAUUGAGAAAACAGCAGUGGGUUACCUUUACCACAAUAUACGAGUCAUUCAGUCAGUGGUUGGCAAGCCAGGAAUUGAAUGCCAGCAAGUGGGGCGAGUUGCGUUCUACGCUGGAGGAAAAGAAACAGCUGGUAACAACACUGCACAAUGCGAUAAACGAAAUCGAGCAACAAGCUGAGCAAUUGGCUGAGGUUAAGAAUGCUGCAGCCGCCUUCCCCGAGGAACGAACGGUUACGACACAGAUGACUCGCGCCAGCACUCAUUAUGAGAAGCUGACGGACACAGCCCAGCAGCUGCUGCAGACGAGUGAGACGCGAGCAGACGAACACGAUGCCUACCGCGUGACGUUCGGUGCGUGCCGGCAAGCACUGCAAUCAGCAGUAGAUCAGCUCGCUAAGAGCAAGGAUGUCACGGGAGGCAAGGACACGCUACAUGAGAAGUUGUCAGUAGUUGAGGCUUUGGAGCAGGAUAAGCCUUCCCUUCAGGAUGCGGUUAACGACACCGUCAGUCAGGGUGACAAGGUCAUCACGAAUACAACUCAUGAUGGCCAGGAGAUCAUCCAGAAAAAACUAGCCGAGCUAAAGACAAUGUGGUCUACUUACUGCAGCACUAUUAUUGAGAAAAAGGUGGCUCUAGAGCAGGGUCUACUACAGUUGGCAGGAUUCAGUGUCAACACAAACAAGGUCAUCGACUGGAUUAGCAACAUGGAGACAAGACUCAAUGAACUUCGCAAGGAUGAGGUUGACCUUGAGGAGAUCAUAUGGCACUGCAAUGAAGCAGAGAACCUGCACAGAGACGUCGUUGGCUACCAGCAGAUGGUAGACUCCCUGCAAGCCCAGGCCGCUGAGUUGCUCUCAGAGCAGACAGCUGACUUCACUGCCGUCAUCGCGCGGUACGCACAGUUGUGCGCAGCCGCAGAGGAGCUGGUUCAUGCAGCGCAGCAACGGCACUCUGAGCACCAGCAGUACCAGCAAGGUUGCAAGCAGCUGACCACCUGGCUGGAUGAGGGCAAGGCCGCACUGACUGCAGCUGUUGACAUCUGCGACACGACAGAUCAGCUGCAGACGAAAUUCGACACGGUUCAGGAACUCACAGAGAAGAUCGUAGAUGGCAAUGCCAAGCUAGAUGUUGUCAAGUCUGAGAGUGAGACGCUGGCACCCAGGACGACGGAGAAGGGACGCGACAGUCUUACUGCUGACAUCAACCGUUUCGAGCAGGGCCUGAUCGAUUAUCGCUUCAAGCUGGCUGUAGCCGAGUCAGACCUGCAGUCUGGCUUGAUUACGUGGCAUGAGAUACAGCUGAGGUGCGAUGUUCUUACUGCAUGGCUGCAGCACACGACAGUUACCAUACAGGCCCCGCUUGAAAUGCAGUCCCACCUCAGCAGCAAGGAAGCUUACCUGGAGAAGUUCAAGAAUUGA